UCUAGAUAAAACUCCUGUCAACGCUGCUGCGUGCUUCAGCUGCCUCAUUCAGCGGUUCACCCUGAGCAAUAACCAGAAGGUCUCUCAGCUCAUCUGCGACGCUUCCUACAAUGAAUGCACGCAUUUGGACUUUCUGUGUGGCGUUUCUCAGCGUGCUCAGCUUGUCUUUAUGUCUCCAAAGGACAUAUUACAUAGCGAUCCGUGAGGAGGACUGGGAUUAUGCACCAAGUGGACUCAAUGUGAUCAGUGGCGUUCCAAUCAAAAGUGACCCGCAUGCCUCCGUGUUUCUGGAUGCUGGUCCAACCCGGAUCGGUAGAGUGUACAAAAAAGCAGUCUUUAAGCAGUACACAAGUGAGAGUUUCUCCACCGAGAUCCCUAAGCCAGAUUGGCUGGGCUUCCUCGGACCUGUGAUCCGUGCAGAAGUGGGUGAUGUCAUCAUAGUUCACAUGAAGAACUUUGCAUCACGCAAUUAUUCCAUCCAUCCUCAUGGUGUCUUCUAUGAAAAGGAUUCCGAAGGCGCCCUGUAUCCAGAUAGAACAUCUGGUCGGUAUAAAAAAGAUGAUGCUGUGGGUCCUGGUGAAUCCUAUACAUACACUUGGAAAGUGACUCAAGAGUUUGCACCAACCGAAUCUGACCCCACCUGCCUGACAUGGAUCUACCACUCCCAUGUGGAUGCACCUAGAGACAUUGCGUCAGGACUUAUCGGGGUUCUACUCACCUGCAAUAAAGGUACUCUGGACCACUCUGGAAUUCGACGAUCUGAUGUGGAUCAGGAAUUCUUCCUGAUGUUUAGUGUGGUAGAUGAAAAUCUGAGUUGGUAUAUGGAUGCAAACAUUCACAGGUUCAGCCCUGAGGCUGUGCAUCUUAAAGACGAUGAGGAUUUUCAGGAGUCCAACCUCAUGCACUCAAUCAACGGUUACGUUUAUGGUAACCUCCCACCGUUAAAUGUCUGCCUCGGACGCACCGUGUCUUGGCAUCUGUUUGGCAUCGGCAACGAAGUAGAUAUUCAUUCUGCCUACUUUCAUGGGCACACCCUGCUCGAGCGUGGUCACCGCACUGAUGUGCUCAGCCUAUUUCCUGCCACUUUUGUCACAGCAAAAAUGGUUCCCAUGACAACAGGAAAGUGGAUGUUAAGUUGCCAGGUUAAUGACCAUAUGCAAGCAGGUAUGCAGGGCUUCUUUAAUGUGUCUGUGUGUGAGAAGGGCGAUACUGCACCCACAGCGCCUCCUGGCCGUGAGAGACAUUUCUUCAUUGCUGCUCAGGAGGAGAUUUGGAAUUACGCCCCCUCUGGAAUUAACAGUUUCACAAAUGAACUGCUGGAUAAGGAAGGAAGUGAUGCUGCUGAAUUCUUCACCAAAACGGAAGGCAGGCUGGGUGGGAGUUACUGGAAAGUCAGAUACAUUGCAUACAAUGAUGAUACAUUUACCACUAAGCUUGAACGGCAUGGCUCAGAACAUCAUCUCGGCUUUCUAGGUCCAGUCAUUCGAGGGGAACCUGGAGAUGUCAUUGUAGUAACCUUUCGGAAUAUGGCAUCACAUAACUUCAGCUUGCAGCCUCAUGGUCUGUCGUAUGAUAAAGUUUAUGAAGGGGCCUUGUAUCAAGAUGGUUCUUUGAAAGCAGGGGCCAUGGUGGCACCAGAUCAGACAUUUACAUAUAAAUGGCGGGUGCUAGAAGGCCCCUCGCCCAGUGACCCACCCUGCUUGUCGUACCUGUACUUCUCGGCUACAGAUUCCAUUCAUGACACCAUCUCUGGUUUGGUGGGACCGCUACAGGUGUGCAAGAAAGGAGUCCUGGAUGAGAGCGGUCGGCAGCAUAUAGGGCACGAGGUGCAGAAAGAGUUUUUUCUCCUCUUCACCGUGAUAGAUGAAAAUGAAAGUUGGUACUUGCAGAAGAAUAUUGAGCAGUUUGGCAGUGAUGCGUCAGACACCGAUAGCCAGAUAUUUCAGGAGAGCAACAAAAUGCAUUGUGUAAAUGGUUUCAUGUAUGGGAACCUUCCUGGCCUUGAUUUGUGUGAAGGGGACCAUGUUGUGUGGCACAUGCUCGGCUUGGGCACAGAAGUGGAUCUCCAUGGUGUUUAUUUCCAGGGAAACACGUUUCAGCGGGGCGGCACUACGCAUGACACACUAAGCCUGUUCCCUCACACCAGCGUCACUGUCUCAAUGGUACCAGACAACGACGGUGUUUUUGGGCUGAGCUGCCGUACAACCGAUCACUACAGAGGUGGUAUGCGUCAAAAGUACACAGUCAAACGCUGCACCGCGAGCCAAAAGCCUGGAUCGGACGUCACUACCUUCCAACCUGAUGUGUAUUUCUACUUGGCUGCCGAAGAAGUGGUGUGGAACUACGCCCCAGACCGGACAUGGGAGUUCGAGAAACAUCACACGACUCUACGUGACAGCCCUGGAAAAGUUUUCCUCGAAAAGUCCAAGCUCCGGAUUGGCCCUGAAUAUACAAAGGUAGUCUACCGCCAGUACACAGAUGAUACCUUUACAAAAGAGAAGCCCAGAGGUCCUGAUGAAGAGCAUCUUGGCAUUCUGGGUCCUAUUCUCAGGGUGGAGGUUGGCGAGAAGGUCCAGGUUGUGUUUAAGAACAAAGCCGAAAGGCCAUAUUCAAUUCACGCUCAUGGUGUAAAGGCCAGUGAGCAACAUCUAUCACCUGUUUCUCCAGGUAAUGUUAUGAGAUAUAACUGGACUAUCAGUUCACAACCUGGAAGAACUGAGCCCAACUGCAUAACCUUUGCAUACUACUCAUCAGCGGACUUCCCCAAGGAUCUGGCAAGUGGUUUGGUUGGACCAUUGAUAGUGUGCCGUAAAGGGACUCUAGACGAAGCCAGGCGGAGGAAGGAUGUUGACAAAGAAUUUGCACUGCUAUUCAUGGUGUUCGAUGAAAAUGAAUCAUGGUAUCUAAAUAAAAAUAUAGAAAAAUACCUGAAUGUGGACCCAACAACUGUAGACGUACACGAAGAUGAAUUUCUAGAGAGUAACAUGAUGCAUGGUAUCAAUGGAAAGCUGUAUGCUAACCUGCAUGGUUUGACAAUGCAGCAGGGAGAUCGGACCGAGUGGUAUUUAAUGGGGCUGGGGAACGAGAUUGAUAUGCAUACAGUACACUUUCAUGCUCAGAGCUUCAUAUACAAGACUGAUUUCCCCCACAGAGCCGACGUAUAUGACUUGUUCCCCGGGACAUUUAAAACAAUAGAACUGGUUGCUGGAACUCCUGGAACGUGGCUCCUUCACUGCCACGUGACGGACCACAUUCAUGCCGGCAUGGAGACAACCUUUACUAUCAACGGCUGUACAUGUUUGCGGAGUUUUUCACAGCUGCUACUACUAAUCACAGUGACCAUCUGGCUCCAGUGACUCAGAAGAGACUUUUGAGGAACCAUUCAGCAUGAACUGCCCUCCAAACAUGUGGUUUCAAUGUGGACAAGUGGGAGGCAGAAAAGUACACUAUACAUAAAUGCACUAGACAUGAUGCUAUUUAAUGAACAAAUCAUGUUCUUUUUAAGGACAAAAUCGCCAAGCUGGCAAAGACAAGGGACUUCUUGAGAAUGCCUUACAUCCAUUACUCCUAUGCAUGCAUACAGUUCUCGAUUUUUUGUAAUGAACGAGAGGAAGAAUGAACAAUGGCAGAGCUGGGAAAUUAUUUCAGGAAGAGGAAAUGAAAGAAAUUAAUUUUUUUUUUACAAACACUGAAAUAAUUAAGGAAGAACAACUAAAAUUGCUGUGAUUUUGAUUUUAACUUUCAUAUACCAUGUUCUCAUUCACUGAACCUAACAUGCUUAGAGUUUAUUUAAAGUAUUGAGCCAGUAAGACCAAUUCAAACCCCUAAGUGUUGCACAUAAGCAGUAUAUGCAAUACAUCUAAGAGUUUGAUAUGUAACUUUGUUGUUUGCUUGGGUUUUUUUUUCAUCUUUGGAUAUACAGCGCACUGUUACUUUUCAAGCUCAAAUCAAAUUUGCACAUCUAUGAGUACUUGCUUUGUUGUUAAAAAGGAAGUACUCUACAAUAAACUUUAUUUACUAUACAGUACAGUAUGUUCUAAAUAUGUUCCAUUCACAACACCCAUUGAACACCUUUGGAUUGAAUGUGAACGCUGACUGCACUCAGGCCUAAUGUCCUUGUGCCUGAAUAAAUCUCACACAAAACUCCACAAGCACACUCCAUAAUCUAAGUCAACAUCUAGAAGUUAUUGUAAACAGCAAAUGACUACUAAAUGUGGAAUGGGAUGUUUAUAAAGCACAUAUGUAUCUUAUCUUUUGUCUAUUUAGUGUUAGAGUACACGUGUUAAAGCACCAUCAAUGCUGUGCAUCAAGUAUCAAUGUCUCAUGUAUAUCAUUGAUAAUGUCCAAUGUGAUGAUGAAAAGGAGAGAAAAAAUAAAUAAAUAAAAUGUACAUGUACCAAUGUGAA